AUGAGCACAGGAUGGGUGCAUGGACAUCCACCACCCAGACGCGCCCUCGGAGGAAGCGUUGUUGUUCGCAAAUUUGCUACAGGUAGCGACAUCUUCGUCGAUACAGCAGUCGCCAUUGAUGUAAACGAAGACAAGACUCUCCACAGCCUCAAUCCGCUGAGCCACCCACAGGCAAUCCAGAUGAUAUCAACCACAUCCGAUGCCAGCUAUGUCACCUGCGACUAUACUUGCGGACAUCGUGGCGCCAUGAACGGCAAUGCGGUGAUCUGUGGCUCAACCACCAUGAAGUCUGGCGCGCCGUCCAACAUCCUCGACGCUUCUUGGGUGGAUUCGGUCGAAAGAGCCACUUGUUUUGUCAGUGCCAACGAUCCAACUGAGUGA